AGGUAAUAAGAAGAAGCAGAGAUGGAGGAUAAAUGGGAAAGAGGGUAUUUGGGUGGGAACAAAAAGAGAAAAAGAACAAUAGGAACUUGCACCAACAAAGAUUAUUUUGCAACGUUUGGAGAAAAUAUUAUCGUUGACGAUAAAGAUGAGAAAAUUCAAAGGCCUCCCAGAAGAUGUACCAUUCAUCUUGGCCUUGGUAAUUUCUCUUCCUUUCCGUGCUUCCGGACUAGUUCUGUUGUUGAAGAUGCAGUCAUUGAAGCUAUUCGAUCCGCUAAGUUUAAUUCUUAUUCUCUCAGUGUUGGUAUACUUCCAGCAAGGAGGUAUAUAUGUUGGGCUAUUGCAGAGUAUCUUUCUCGUAAUCUUCCUUACAAAUUAUUGCCAGAUGAUUUUUAUGUUACCGUAGGAUGCAAAGAUGCUAUCGAGACCAUAUUGACAAUUCUAGCUCGUCCUGGUGCAAAUAUUCUGCUUCCUAGACCUGCCUACCCACUUUACAUUGGUCAAGCAAAUUUUUAUAACCUUGAAGUUCGCUAUUUCGAUCUGUUACCAGAAAGAGGUUGGGAGAUUGAUCUUGAUGCCCUUAAAGUUCUUGCUGAUGAGAAUUCUAUGGCUUUGGUCAUCAUCUAUCCAGGAAAUCCUUGUUCAAAUGUGUACUCCUACCAACACUUGAAGAACGUUGCAGAAACUGCAAAAGAGCUUAUGAUUCUGGUGAUAGCAGAUGAAGUUUACAGCCGUAUUGUGUAUGGAAGCAAUCCUUUUGUUCCAGUGGUCGUAUUUGGAUCAACGGUGCCUGCUAUCACAGUCGGGUCUAUCUCGAAGAGUUGGAUGGUUCCGGGGAUGAGACUAGGUUGGCUUGUUACAAGUUAUCCUACCCGGUUUUUCAAAAGUGUUGGGAUUGCUGAGUCAAUCAAGUGCCACUUUGUAGUCAAAUUUCGUAAUUCAUGUUAUCAGCGGGUAGUUCCGAAAAUUCUUGAGAAAACACUAGAGGAUUUCUUCUCAAGAAUUAACCAUGUACUGAAGGAAGGUUCAGAAAUUUGUGCAGAAGUUAAGGAGAUUCCAUGCAUUACCUUACCAUAUAAGUCAGAAGGAUCGAUGUUUGUGAUGGUGAAGCUAAACCUGUCAUUACGAGAAGACAUUGCUGAUGAUGUAGAAUUCUGUCUCAAGCUAGCUAAAGAGGAAUCUGUCAUUGUUCUACCAGGAGGUAUUAUGGGAAUGAAGGACUGGUUCGGCAUAAAUUUUGGGACUGAGCAUUCAUUUCUUGAAGAUGGUUUUUUGAGAAUCAAAGCCUUCUGUCAAAUACAUGCAAAAGUAAAAUAAGGUUGAUUUGUUGAUUUGUCAUUCAAAUUGCAAGUGCAAAAGCAUUAUGAUGAAUAAUUAGAUACUGAUCCUGCGUUUUGCUUUUGAUGUUAAUAUGUCGGUUUCUCUUCUCCAAGUACUGUCUUUGUUUCAUUGGACAUUGGAUUGAGCAAAAAAUUUGAAAUAGUCCAAUCAUAUAAAGUGUAGUUCAACAACCUAAAUGAAUCCUUCCCGAAAUGAAGUGAA